AUGCCUAGAGGAGGAUGGCCUUUGACUGUGGAUUACUUCAAUCUGAAGUUUGGGAAGAAGAAAUCAAUAUCUGAACUAAAGAGGCUUAUUGCUUCAUUUAGAAAUAAUGCUUCAGUAAGAGAUAAUGCUAGGAAUGAUGCCUCCAGCAACGAUAAAGGUGGCACCAAUUUAACCUUAUAUACUAAAUGCUAUGAAGAAUUGUUGAUUCAGAUUGAAGAAAAUAGUUCAAUACCUUUUGAAGAAAGAAUGCCUACUCCGAAAGUCCCUGCUCAAUAUAUUAAUCAUCUGGUUAUCGAUUUGAUUAACAGGGCUUUGAUCCAAUAUACAUCAGAUAAUCCCCCAAAAUCGAUUAAUGACAUUUCUACUUUGAUAUAUUCCUCACAAUGCACUUAUCAUCGAAUUACAAAGAAAGAAUUUUCACCAUCAAACUGGGUGGACAAUGUGAAAAGGAAGAUUGAGUCUUUAACUGAAAAUGAGUCUAUCAUUACAAAGUUUUUUACCUCAACAGUAAGUGAUGAGGAGAAGAAGAAAGCAACGGAUAUUCUUUGCUCUUUUAAUUAUAAAAAAUUGAAAAGUGGUGAAUUUGAAAGAAUUUCGACAGCCAUAAAUGAUAAAAUUAAAAUUCUCAUGAAGAAAGUGAAUAUUUCUGAUUCAAGAAGACAGUUCAGGAAGGAUAACAGAAAUUUUGAGUUGUAUAGAAAAUCCUUUUAUAGAAGACUCAAUUCUACCAUCCAACAUAAUGAGUGUAUUGACACUGACCGUUGCUUGAAGUUUUGGACUAAUGUAUGGAAAAAAAGAGAUAUAAGUGAGUAUCAAUUGGGUGUGAAUAGAAGAGUCACUGGUGCCGAAUAUCACGAACCUGAUGUUAAUGACACCUUCAUUUUAAACAUUAUCGAAUUUCUCCCCAACUGGAAAGCUCCUGGCUGCGAUGGAGUUUACAACUUCUUCAUCAAAAAAUUGGACUCCCUACAUAAAUUUCUAUUUGAUGAGAUCAGAAAUAUCAUUACUGGAAGCAGUCAACCUCAGAGUUGGUUUUAUACCGGGAUAACUUAUCUUAUUCCGAAAAAAGAUAAUUCCACUGAAGCCGGUGAUUUCAGACCAAUUACCUGUAUGCCGUGCCUUUAUAAACUCGUCACAAAGUGUGUAGAUGAGAAAAUUGCUGAGUAUGUGGAAGUAUACGAUCUAAUCUCUGAGUGUCAACUUGGCACUAAGAGGCAUUGUCAAGGUGCAAAGGAGCAAGCACUUAUUAACUGUUGUGUGAACAGGUCACAUGAGUACAAUUAUUUUCUUCAUGGGUAG